GUUGAGACCUGCUUUACAGACAGGCAUAAAAAACGUAAACAACUUAGAAGUAUUUCUAAGUUCUUAAUGACUUUGCGUUGUAUUUUUCUUGAAUACUUUUCCAGUUGGUUAUUUUGCUCUAUUGUUGGACCUGCCUGAGGAUACUUACAAGAUCGAAACACAGCAACAAUCUGGGUGGUAGCACAUUAUUUGAGGCUACACAGAAAAUCCCUGUGAAUAUCUGUUCUCUCAGAGUGUAGGCUAACACUUUACUUAUUUUCUUUACAUUCACAUUUACUUCUGAAACCAGAGGGGAUGUAAAAAUGUCACCCAAUGCAGCACAUAUUAUAAAAGCGAAAAUCUAUGAUUUUUCUGCAAACUGUUGUUUAUUAUGAAGUUUGGUGAAGGGCGGAGCAAAAGGAGAAGAGGCCAAUCCUAGGCGUUCUCAACCGAUGGCGUCAUCCAGAAACCCGGAAUAUAAACAGCAGUACUUGUUUGCUUUUUACGAGAGUACUACAUUGGCAGCAGUAAUGAAGCGGGCUUUCCUCCAUGUGUCGUUGCCCUUUCUUUUCUGCGUGAUAGUGGCAAACACCAGCCUGUUCCACGCGGUGGCAGUGGAUUUGUCCUACGACCACUAUGCUGAGCCUCGGGUGGACUCUCUGCCCUCCUUCCUGGCAAUGCCAUGCAACUGCCUGAUCAACGUGGCUUACGCCCUUAUGGGUCUGUAUUGGCUGCUGCUGCGCCAUGGAAAAGAUACAGAGACGCGACAGAGUCGCUACUUGAGACAGGUGUUCGCCUUCAUGGCGAUCUUCUACGCGCCUGUACAGUGGACGCGCUUGGCGUUUCUCCGGCCCCGCCUCGCCCGGUACCCACUGUUUCAACGGUUUACCGGACAUUUCUGGUCCAAAGUGUGUGACGUGCUGCAGUUUCACUUCAGCUUCCGUUUUCUGUCGUCGGUGACACACAGAGCCCAUCAGAAGAGAGACGUACAGCGGCAGUGAGGGACCAACACCAGCGGUUUCAACAGCCCCAGCAGAAGCUUCUAAAAACAACGAUACACAUUUAGACUCAAAAUAUUGCAUUUUUUUUAUCUUGUUACAAUUGUAACCGAGACUCGAUGACAACUCUUUUGAGAUCACAUUUGAACUAACCUUAACCAGUAGAAACCUGUUGAAAUCAACGAAGCUUUGCUUCAGCUUAAAUCAAGCAUCAAUCCAUAUACGUACAUCCUCCAGAAUUCAACCAAGAAAUUUCCUGUUGGAAACCCAGGCAGAUAAAAAUAUUUAGAAUCAAAUGGAGGAUUUUCUAGAGACGCAACUGUUGUUUUUAUAAAUUGUUCUGAUGUGUACAUAAACACAUAAAUAUCUCAUUACAGUUUUUAAAGCAAGAUCAAAAUAAAUGAAGCAAAAAGAAUUCUUUUUUUUUAACAUUUUAAUUAUUUCUUCAAAUGUCAUAUAUAUAUAUAUAUAUAUACACCUCCUGCUUGCAGAAAGUUCCAAUUGAUGGAUUUAACUUUAAAUGAUGAACAGUGAAGAAUGUCCGACAGUCUGUAUGCAGAGUGAUCUACUUAUUGUGACAGAAAAAACUAUUGAUAAAAACCCGGAGAAAACACCCGAGUAGUUGAUAAGUGUCUGGAUGUUUUCACGUUUGCCAUUAUAAUCCUUCAAAUUUAACUCAGAUAAAUAGCUCAGUGUCUGCUGUAAAUGCACCAACAUGGACACAGA